GUGCCCUGGCGUCAGUCGCAGUGCCCGCGCCAACCGCGCCACACGUUCGCCGCACCGCCAAGACGAUGCUGCUGCUGGCCUUACUUGCCGCCGUCGCUACCGCGGCCGCGCAGAACGAAACACAACCACCGCGGACGCCUCUGUCCCCACGCCGUGAACAGUUUCGUGUUAUCUACGAAUGGAACGCCAUCGAUUUCAUGUGGGCCUCCCCGGCAGACCGCGAGGCCUACCUCAAUACAAGCCGAUACAUUCCCCAAAACGUUUUAAUAUCUGGAAUAAACUUUUACGGAGAAAAUCUGUUCCUGACUGUGCCGAGAAUGCUGGACGGGGUGCCAGCGACACUGGGCACCAUACCAGUACAGCAGAGCGAAACGGCACCAAAGAUACAGCCUUUCCCUAGCUGGAAGGAUAACGAGAUCGGUAACUGCAACGCUCUGCAGUUUGUUCAAAAUAUUGAAAUAGACCGCAAUGGUAUCAUGUGGAUUCUGGACAACGGCCGCGUCGGUACCCUUACACGCAGCCCCAGCACUAAGUGUCCGCCGUCUCUCGUACUUAUCGACCUCAAAACAGGCAAGAAUGAGAUGGAGCGUAUACCAUUCCCUACAGACACAGUGAAUCUCAAUACUACAUAUUUGAACGAUCUAGUAGUGGACAAUCGGAACGGGGACUAUGCUUACAUCACUGACAACAGUGCCAUUGAUCCGGGUAUUAUUGUGUUUCGUCGUAGUGAUAAAAAGUCUUGGAAAGUUCGAGAUAAGGCCUCUAUGAAACUGUCGGAAGAAGCUAAAUUUUUCCGAAUUAACGGUAGCACUGUCACUCUUCCAGUGAAUAUCGACGGUAUCGCCCUUGGACCGCAAUUUAGAACACCGAAUAAUGAGAUUGACAGAACAGUUUACUUCUGCCCUCUUGCCAGUUAUCACUUGUACGCAAUAAAUGCAUCAGUUUUGCAGAACGAAUCCCUGUCUCAAAUGGGUGAGAACGCCGUAAGUCCUUACGUUGUUGAUCUCGGCAGAAAACCAUCGCAAACUGACGGUAUGAAAAUGGAUUCAAAUGGCGUGCUCUUUUUCGGUCUGAUAGGCAACUCUACGAUUGCGGAAUGGAAUACGACCGUUGAUUUCCACGUUGGCCAGCGCACGAUCGCACGCGAUCCCAAUUACAUACAGUGGGUGGAUCGCUUCACUUUCGAUGACCACGGCAACGUGUAUGUAGUUGUCAACAGAUUAUUUAAUUUUGUGAAAAAUCAGGUGUCAUUGAAUGAAGUAAACUAUAGGAUUCUGAAGUCUCACACGGGCUCCAAAAGUUACGUGUUCGCCGAAGAUUUGGCCACAGCGGGAGUACCGGGAUCUGCGUCAAUGCCCGCGCUCGCCUCCUCGCUGAUAUUGAUUGCGCUGGCGCACCUGCUUGCCUAGUCUCAGCCUGGUGCAUCGGUCGCGGUCUAUUCACGACCUUGGCCCUGAAGCUAGUGCUCACUGUGCGACGCUCGGACUGAUGCGUAACAUUACCAAAUAUUUAAAGUUACCUUGACCUCACGGUCUUACCAGUGAUAAAGAGCAUGUAGAUAGCUUUCUAAUAGGAAUAUU